GAUGGAGUUCUCCCCGGAGAUGAAUUCUUCCAUCUGUUCCUGGAAAUAGUUUUUCAGAUUGCCUUCAGGAUUAUGUAUUUCAUGCUACCAUUACUUGACUGUUAAUUUGCUAUUGAGUGAAUUUAUUGAAAUCCAAUGGUUAGUGUGCCUAUUUACCUGAUUAUGAGUGAAAAGGCUGUUUGCCAUUAGUUUGGGAAGUCAUCUUGGCAGGGAUGGAAAAUUCUUCAGAUCCCUAUGAAAUCAAAUGACCAUCCUAAGUACCUAAACAUUUUCUAGCCUGGUUUUUUUUUAGGUUGUGUUUUCUGGGGUUAUUCUGUUUGAACAUCUUUUAAUGAAAAGUUGAUUACCUUCCUGAUCCUAGGUGUCUCAUGUGGGAAAAGAUUCUGAAUAAAUGAUUUAGUGCCAGGGCUUGGGUUUUAGUAAUUCUGGACUAGAUAAGUGCCUAAAUUAAUAGGCUUUUUUGAGUAACAGUGUUUCUAAGAGCUUUGGCCUAAGAAUUUCUAGCUCUAGUAGCACCUUUAGCUCUCUAAUUAUUGGUUGAAAUGGAUCAAGUGCAUUGUUUUGAUCAGUAGUGGUGAACCAGUGGCCAAUGGGCUUCAUCCAGUCCACUGUCUUCUCCAGUAGCCCCCAAUUCCCUGACCCAGUGUGGUUCUGCCUUGAGAUUGAGGGGGGCAUAGUACACUAAUGGAAUUUCAUCCUCAUAAUACUGGGCAGAGAGGUUGAAACUACCCUCACAGCUAUUGUCAAUUUCAUUUUUCACCUUCUUGCUGUUUGUGUGCGUGUUCCCUGGUAUGCUUGUGGUGGCUUGUGCACAGGUGCUCUUGCUUGCCUGCUAUAAGGUGGCCAUGCCUACCUGUGGCAUGUUGCCCUGACGGAGUUGGAAUACGGUGAUGUGGCCUUGGGCCUGAAAGAAAGUUAGUUACAUCACAAUGUUCUAAAAUCCUGUGAUACUGAUGCUAGAAGAUCUUCUUAAUGAAAUAAGUACUAAUGUGAUCUGUACUACUUGCUUGUAUAAAGUUGACAUUCUAAAAGUGCAGCCUACUGUGAAAUUUUCAUCUCUGUCCUUAGCUAUUGAGCAUGGCCCUGGAGGCUUUCUAGGAAAGAUGUCCCAACCCAUUGGAAUGAACCGUCGGACAUUCAGUUAUGAUGAUGCCCUUGAGGAUACAGCACCAAUGACCCCUCCUCCUCCAAAUAUGUCCACCAAUAUCCUGUGGAAACAGCCAGUCGUCCCAGAACGCAAAUAUGAAAAUAUUUCCAAGGAUGAGGAAGGGGAGACUAGCAUGCAUCCAUCUGCCAUUACCCCCUCAUCUUCCACUGAGACUGUGAACAAGGUUCCUGUAGUGAAGGCCAAGGCCACCCACAUCAUCAUGAAUUCUCUCAUCACAAAGCAAACUCAGGAGAGCAUUCAACGCUUUGAGCAGCAGGCAGGGUUGAGAGAUGCCGGAUACACUCCCCACAAAGGCCUCACUGCAGAGGAGACUAAAUACCAUCGUGUGGCUGAGUCACUCCAUAACCUAAAGAUGCAAAGUGGAGAGAUGGCAAAAGAAGAUAAACAGGCCUCUUCCGCCCAGUCCACUCCAAGCAGCACUCCCCAUUCCUCUCCCAAGCGCACAUACAGGGGUUGGUUUAGUCAGGGGUCCUCCGCAUCCAUCACGGGUCCUGAGCUUGCUGCCAUGGAUUCCGGUGGUGGGGAUGGCGAUAAAGUACCGUCUGAAAAAUGGAGCAUCUUUGGACCUAGAGCUCUUCAAAAACACACAGAUUCAGGGGGCUUUACCGUCCAGGCCUAUAAGGGUGCCCAGAAACCAACCCCAAUGGAACUAAUGCGUGCCCAGGCCACCAGGAUGGCAGAGGACCCUGCAACUUUCAAGCCUCCCAAGAUGGACAUUCCAGCUAUGGAUGAAAAGAAGCGGUCCCCACGUUCUCAUAACCUCAGACCCCGGGACAUGAAUGUGCUUACUCCUACUGGGUUCUAGAAACACCUCCACUUAAAAGGCAGGAUGAUCUUGAAAUCUGAUGGACUAUAUUGUCCUAGGGUGUCUUUCACAUUCCACACAUACAGUUGACAUAGGAAGGUCUCUUCUAGGUCAGAGUUACAGACAGUGGUGAAACAAGAUUUGGGCAACUUUCUGAAUUUCUUGCUCUUUUUUUCAUUCUAAAGGUCUCUUAUGCAGCACCAAAAUAAUAACUAUCUUGCCAACAGAGUUCUGACAUGCAGUUCUGUGCUUCUCUUAAUACCUAAGUUUUAUAAAGGGAAACAAUCAACUUAUUGGACCUUUUUGGCUUGAAUAUUUGGGCUGCUGUUUGUGUAGACAUCUACUUAUUCGUGCAAGAUUACUGAAGGACAAUGUAUAACUUUCUAGUAUCUUCUUUGAACCGUUUGAGGGAAUCUAGCAUCAACUGAAGUCUAAUGUUCUGGUAAGAAUAUUGGAGAAAUUUAGCACCAUGCUUGAAGUCGAAGACUCCCUGCUUGGCUAUUUCUACAUGUAAGAGAUUCGUGUCUUAGGGACCUAAAUGUUUCAACAUGAAAAAAAUAUCAGUACUAAUUCUAGACUUGUACUAUGAAAUGAUACUGUUUGUGAAGCCCUUUGCAUCAAAUGGGUUCUGCAUACCAUGAAGCUGGAGCCACAGUAGAAUGGAAAAGUUUCUUCAUUCCUAGAGGUAACAAAGGGAUUUGUAGCUGUUUUCCUGGGGAUUCAUUUGGGAAUUAUUAGUAGCACUUUCAGGGGAAAGGAUAUGAGAUAAUAACUAUAAAGUUAAAGGGACAGUGGUUAUGCUUAUUUAUAUAUUUCUUAGGGAGGAAGAGGAAAAUAAGUCAUUAGCAUAGGGAAGAUUUUAACCUAGCGUCUCACCUUAGAUGUGAACAUAAGCAUUUGCAUAAAUUGUUGCUAAUUUCUAUUUGAGCAAUCAGACAGUGGAAGACUUGAUGUGUUCUGUGAUUGCUUGAAGACAUAGGGGGCAGGUACUGUCCUUGUUCUAAACUCGUAAGUCACCGGUUGGCUUUAUAGUGAUGAGAUGGCAGUCUUGGAAUAUCCAUUAUGCAGAUAAAAAGGUCUUUUGCUUAACAGCAUGUUUACUGAGAAGUCCUCACUAAUCUUUUUUAAUGUCCUAAAUGGGAUCUGUCCCCUUUCUGAACUGUGUUUCUAUAGAUUGUUGGCAGUUCUGCAGCUGAGUGACUUGGUGGUGUCUCACUCAGCUUCAUCUUAUUUCUUUACUUACAUUGACGACAUUAGGACUUGUGCUUCAAUACCACUGUAGCUUUUUCUGCCCUAUUAGUCAUCACCAUUGCUGUGUGUAAACAGUGAUCCAGCUUUUUGUUUAGUGUUAACUUAUUUUGUGAUAUUUUGUGUUCAUGUCUCUGUGCUUAACAUCUCUGCACAAUAAUAAAAAAAACCUUAGAGAAUGA